CGUCGGUGGUCGGUGCAACGGCGAUGCCCCCAGGAAGGAGAAGAACUUACCAGCCAUCUCCUCCUCUCUGCAAACCUCCCUCCCGGAGCGCUCCUUUUCCCUCUUCUCUGAUCCCGAGCUUCACAUCAACAUGCGCCUCGGCGGCUACCUCGACCGCCGCACCACGCUCGCCAACCCCGCCAACCAGCCCACGCCCCGUGUCUGGAUCCGCGAGCUCGGGUUCGUGUGGCAAGCACCGGUCGCAGGCGAGGAGAGCACAGGGAAGGGGCGCAAGGACAGGCCAGUGCACACAAUGCGAUUUGUGUCGCGCCGCGGACCGCAAGAGGCGCGAGGGGAGGGCUAUUUGGCCGCCCUUGAAGUUGACGGGACACUUGUUCCCAGGCUCAUGCUAGGCGACGAGCUAUCGCUCUUCGACGGCCAGGCCACGGUCACCAUGGACGCGCACGAGAAGUCGGGCCCGGGCAGUGCUGAUGUGGACAAGUACACGAUACGCAUCGAGGGCCUUCUGGAAGCGGAGAUCCGCGUGCGCGCCGCGCACCCGCUGCUGCAGCGCGACGGCGACGCGAUGGUUCAUCUUAACCUCGAGCUGGAGCAGGUGCACUAUUCCAUGGACGUGCAUGGCGUCCUAGGACAAAUGUAUCGCGAUGAGGCUAUGGAGGAGGGGACUAACCUAGACUACUCGGUGAUAUCCGCUCUUUUGACGGACACCGUUCGCGCUGAAAAGGCCGCAGACGAGAACUCGACCUCGGAUCAGAAGCAGCAGCAGCAAGGAUCCGAGGAAUCCAGGCAGACAGAGGGAUCGAAUUCGUUUCUGGAUCUGGGCAAGUCUGACGUGGAGGAUGAGGGAGAAGGUUCCAACAACGGUGGAGACCGUGCUGCGGUUUUGGACAAAAUUAGGGGAGCCCUGCGCACAUCUGCUUGA